GACGUCACCGCGAUAUUCGGGCGAUUACAGCUUCGGUCACAUGCCUGGUGUUGCGAGUGUAUGUAUGUACACAAGUACACGGCGCGGGGGAUAAAUAAUCUCGCGAGUACCGCAGAAAAUAUCCUUGCCACGAAGGGAACGAGGUUGCGUUCGGCGAUGAAAUGAACAUAUCUCCUGCGCUCGCGAGUAUUCGUAUACAGGGAGCGAUGCCGAGCGACAAUUCCUAACUGUUACAUAACCUCAAUCGUGCACUGUACUGGCGGCGCCUGUCAGGAUGGAUUCCGUUACGGACAGUCCAGGCUCCAGAGCUCUCGAGGCCGCGAAAAAUAUCAAGGACCUGGCUGUAUUCAAGAUGCCCAGCGGAACUGUUAAGAAGAGCAAGAGUACCCGACCGAAGAUCCUGGACGAGGACACGUAUAUCGAGAAAAUGAGCGACAUUAUACAAAAGGACUUCUUCCCGCAUCUGGAGAAGCUGCAGGCGCAAAAUCAGUAUCUGGACGCUCUGGAGCAGAACGACAUGAAAAGAAUGCGAGAGCUGUACGCCAAGUACAGCUCCGGCCGACCGGUCACCGAGAGACCGAUCAGUCCGGCGACUUUCGAGACCCCGCUGCGCCGAACUGAAUCGGACGAAUCGCCACGCGUCCCCGAGGCGUCGUCUCGUCGAGAGACGCUCGCCGAGCCGACGGCCGAGUCGGCCGAGCCGGUCGAGUCGAAGGCGGACAAAAGCCCCUGCGAGAGCAAAACGGGCCUGGAUGAUUACCUGAGCACUCACACGAGCGAGGAUAACGCCAGCUUCGAGGAGAUGAUGGUCGAGGCCGAGAACAAGCGCAAGCUCAAGUACGCCUGGCUCUACGAGGCGGAGGAGAAGUCGAAGGCGUGGCUCGCGAUCGACGGGCCCACCGGUCCAAGCGACGUCCCAGCCAUCGAGGGGUCGAAUCCCAGGCCGAAGCAGGUGGACAGCUGGGCCUACAAGAAUAAGAAUUACAUCAUGUACAUUCCUGACGGAGUCGAGCUUACGGCGGAAGAGAAGAUAGAGUUGGCCAAGAGGAAGCAGACUAUAAUGCACGAGAACACGCGGUUGCGGACGAACCCGUUCAACGAGCAGCAAAACAAAGAGACGAUCGACGAGCUGGCCAAGUCGCAGUCGAGAGCCAACGACGGCAAGAUCGGCGUGGACGGGAAGGAGGUCGUUAGAAACGCGACGCCGCGCGUCAACGGUUUCAGCUUCGUGGCGACGCCAAGCCCGAGGCCGGGAGAGUGCGAGAGUCCAUUGAUGACGUGGGGUCAGAUCGAGGGGACGCCCUUCAGAUUGGACGGCGGUGACACGCCGUUGUUGAGGACGAGCCAGGGACCCUCGUUCAGAAUAGCGGAACCGCCGAAGAGGGAGCAGCUGGCGCUGCAGUUGGCCGAGAAGGCUGGCGAGAGGCACAGAGAUCGGAAGAACAAAGCCUUGGAAGCGGCCAGAAGAUCGUUAGCCACCCCGUCACCAAGGUCGACCAUAGAUCGUCUGAGUACCAUGUCCCCCGCGGCAAGAAGACUGGCGACUCAGAAGCUCCGGAUAUCGAGCACGCCGUCCCCUCGGCGAACACGGUCGUCCAGGACUCCGUCCGUAGGCAUCAGGACACCCAACGCGCUGCACGCGAUCCUGCCGGUUAAGGAUGCCGCUUGUCAAAAGUCGGAAACUACCGCGCGGAUACAAGGGCCCGUACUCACCGACAACUUGCUCAAUCUACCUCUGCAGCGGCAACGAGCGUCAGAUUUCUUCAACAAAUGAGCAACAAAGCCUUUCCAUCUCAACUUGUCUGCCUGUAUAUUGAUGUUAUAGGGAGGCAGUUGGCAUUUACGUUGUAAAUUGUGUAAAUGAUAUUCAUUGUAUAGCGCCCUUUUAAUACGUAAUAUACGUACUAUUAUUUAACCAAGUUCCUCUAACUCGAACGUCGCCAUGUAGUGACGCGACAUGUUGUACAUUGUAUAUUUCUGUAAACUUAAAGACGGUCGAAGAAACGUGCAAAGUGUCGAUAUUAGUUUUGCCCUCUCGAGAUCCAACGACGUUUACAACUAGCGGUCAAUCGAUUUCAUUUCCAAGCUAGCUUUGUAUCAUAUACAUUUGUGGAAAAUAAAAUAUUUUACCGCACCUAA